UGUGGCUAAUUUUUCGAGCUGUUGCGUUGUAAAACUGUGUUUGUGUGUUUUCGUGCUCUGUGCAUCGGCGAGAGUGUUGGUAUAUUGCCUUAUUAACGAUGGCAUGAGUGAGUCCAACCAAGAGUGUGUGCGUUGAGUGGGCAAGCUGUGAUAAUGCCUGGGCAUUGCUGUGUACCGUGGUGCCACGGGAACUAUGACGGUGGAGAAUCUGUGCGUGUGUUCACGUUCCCCUCGGACCCUACAAGAAGAACUCAGUGGAUUAAGGCUAUUCACCGUGCGGACUUCACACCAGGAAAGCGAUCAGUGGUCUGCGAGCGCCACUUCAGACUAUCCGACAUGGUAAACACAACAAGCUAUGUGGAUACAAAGACAGGCAGAGUAAUUGAAGCAAAGCUGAGGCUUACCCGUCUUCGACCUGACGCAGUUCCAAGCAUAUUGCCGAGCUGUCCAGCUUAUCUUUCCGCCACAGCCGCAACCACAUCUCGAGAGGCCCCACAUGAAAAGAAAGCUCGUCGAGAGGCAGCUUUACUGCAAGAAGCCGUCAACCUGACCAUCGAGACGCAUCUCGAGGAGGAGCGAAAUAACAGAAUUGACACUUUUCAGGCACUCUUGAACUGUCUUCCGCAUAUCAAGGUUUCAAAAUUCUGGACAGUUUUUACGCAGCAUGACUGUGUACUCUUCCUCAACCUGACUUUUGAUGGUGCCCCAGCUGUCAGAAAAUCAGUGAAAAUCACAGAGGACCUCUCUUUCACGCUGUUUUUUCAAAACGUCGAGGUCACCAAACUUGAUGGCAUCGACAUUCCCAAAACUGUGAAUGACAUUCGGUGCUUGACGCGUCUUCUGGAAGCCGUUGAGGGAUCUGAUGAGACACCUACCUUGAAGUCCGAGGACAAGACCAGUGGCAUACUAAAGCUCGUGGUGUCGCUUCUUGAGGACGUAAUGAAUCAAGAAAUGCAAGACGAGGAGCGACGCGAUGCUUGUACAUUCUUAAGGGAACAAGUCAUGCUCCUUUUAAGCAAGUCACCCUGUACUCUUCAGACUUGCUAGUAUUUUCGAGCCUCCUAUUUACCAUCUCUCCUCAAGCCUAUAGAUACUUGAGGAACUACGGAGGUCUCAAACUGCCGCAUGAGUCAACA